AUGGCGGCGCUGGCGGAUCGAAUGAAGGAAGUACAGGGGCCUCUUCGUGAUGGCGCCGGCGCUGUCAGCUGCAGGAGUGUAAGACUUCUCCAGCAGGUGGUGGAGAAGUCGGUUGUCGAUCUGCAGGGUAGAGGCCUUCGUCCUCCCGGACCGGAAGGGACGCGUCUGGCCUGGCCGAGCCAGGCUGGUGUACAGCCUCCCGAAGUCCACCUCCGGUGGCUCAUUCACCUCGGUGACUUAGUCCUCACGGUCGUCGAGGUCGAGGUCGAGAGCCUCGGCCAGCUCGUGGUAGCUCAAGGACCGGGGGACCCCGCCCAGCCUGAAUUGGACGGCCGUACCGUCCUGCCAGUUGUCCGUGGUAUUGUGCUUGAAGGUCGUGUAGAACUCCCACACCGGCUCGUAGUAGACCUUCUCGCAGAGCUGGAGCAGACGGCGCCAGGCGGUGUUGGCGACCGCGGCGGAGAGCUGCUCGUAGCAGUGCAAUCGCCGAAACUCCCGUUUGGACCAGCAAUGGUGUGA